UUUGAAACGGAAGCAGCGUCGCAGGGUUUGCGCGUCAGUCCGUGGCGCGCUGGUAGUUGUUGUUGUUGAUGGACUAAAAGCUGAAAAUGUUUCCUCUGCACUGACUCUGACUGGUUUUUGAGUUUUUAUGAAGAAGCAUCCAAACAAAAGAAGUCAGUGAAAUGUGGAUCCUGACGCCGCUGCAGCCUGGAGGUGAGACCCACUAUCUCCUCUCCAGUAAAGACUAUGUGGCGGGCCGCAAGAACUGUGACAUCCUCUUACCCAGCGACCAGUCCAUCAGCAGGGCUCAUGCUCACCUCACUGCUACUGACCAGACGCUGACUCUGAAAGACACCUCCAAGUAUGGUACAUUUGUCAACGGCCAACAGUUGACAGCGAACACACCAGUGAACCUGAAGUCCGGGGACAAUGUUACAUUUGGUGUUUUUGAAAGCAAAUUCAGUGUGGAGCAUCAGAAGCCAGUGGUGUGUUCGUCAUGUUUGGACAACGAUGGCAAGACAUCGCUCACUCAGGCUUUGCUGGCCGUGGGUGGAAAGCUGGUCAACACCUGGACUCAGGACUGCACCCAUCUGGUCAUGCCCACUGCUAAAGUCACCAUCAAGACUAUUUGUGCUCUGCUGUGCUGUCGUCCCAUCGUGAAGCCUGAGUUCUUCUCAGAGCUCGGCAAAGCCGCUCAGCAAAAGUUACCCCCUCCUAAAGCUGAGAGUUUCAUCCCUGAGAUCGAUGAGCCCAGCUUGAGCAAAGAGGAUGUUAACCUUGGAGCGAUUCCAGUUCGCAAACAGCUUUUCGCUGGAAAGACUUUCAUAUUCCUCAGUGCCAAACAGCUAAAGCGUCUGAGUGCAGCAGUGGGUUUCGGAGGUGGCAGGAGUCAGCUGCUGGAGGAGGGCUCUCUGCCCCGGGAUGUGCUGGAGUCUCCACAGAGCUGUGUGAUCGAUGCUACAACAGGCAGCUCCCAACCUCUGCUUUCUUCCUCCACCACAGAGUGGGCAAACACUGUGAAGAACAUUGUUCAAAGAAAAGGCCUUCGUGUCAUCGCGGAGUCUGAAAUUGGUUUGGCUGCUAUCUAUGCUUCUUGUGACCAGUACUGCAAUCCAUCCCGUCUAAUAACAGACUCGGAGUCAGUACCAAAAGUGAAUCCCAGAAUUCCAAGUGCUUCCAUGUCACAGAGCGUGGCGGUGGAUGAGACCGUGUUACCUGCUGCAUCUCAGAACAUCACAGCUUAUGUAGCCAACACAGAGCAGUCACAGGGAUACCACCAAGCAUUCACAGACACGCGACCUUUGACAGAGCUAAGCAGAGUUACAGGGGUGACGUCGGUUGGAGAGACUCCUGAAAAGAAGCAGAACCAGAACACAAGCCAGCUCCAUGGAUCUAAACCUGUUGCUCCAAAGACAGCCAGUCAGUGCAUUGUGGCUGAUACGAUGAGCGUGUCGUUCAACACUGUAGAGGACACAUACUCCCAGAGGAAGAAGCCAGAGUCCAAACCAACAGGUGCAGGCAGUAGUGGCGUUAGGUCCCAGCAAUCCUUCCCCAGGACCAAUGGUGGCCCGAAGACACUCCUACAAAGGCAAUCUCCUCAGAAACCAAAAAACUCUGCAGAAGCUUCGCCACAGAAACAAUCAACUCUGACCAGUUUCUUUCAACCAGUCAACAAGAAACGGCCUUUGGAAGACGAGUUCUUCUUCUCUGAUAUGUCAGAGCCAAAACGGCCUGCACUGGAAUCAUCCGUCAGCACACGGGCACCAAACACCUCAGUCAUGUCUAAAGAAACACCCUCACGAUCAGGCAGAGUCUCUGCAGCAGCAUCAGCAUCUGAUCUUUUUGGAGGACAGUCAGAAGUUCGGGCAGUCGCUGUUAAGGAGGAGCCACGGAGCAGAAAGAGGAAGGAGAUGGAAGAAGAGAUACAGAUGGAUGAACUGGAGUCUAUCAUGUCUGAGGACAUGGACUGCUUCGAUGAGCAGCCUUCAAUUAAUGAAGGCAAGCAAGCACAGCCAAUAUUGUUUAGUUCAACUGGAAAGAAAGAAGGUUUAGAUACUGUGGAGGCUUCAUCUUCAAGCAAGAGACCAAGGGUCCACCUCGAAGAAAAUGGAACCAACAAAAGGCCACAGCUGGGCCUCGAAACAGAGUCGGGUUCCUCUACUAAGAAAAACAGCCAAAAAUCUGAACAGCGUAUUGUCUCCAUCAAGACAGAGCCAGUCGAUCCUCUAGAAUGCAGGACAACUUUUAAUGAAUCCAGCAAACGUCGAGAAGUGCCAUCUGCCAGCACGAGUACAAACAUCGAACCAUUUGAAGAUGAUGCGUCUUUCAUUGAGGAUCUAGAACUACUUGCAGUAGAUAUUUGCCAGCCUAAAGAAGAGACCAAAACUGUUGAAAUUAAGCAGGAGGUCCAAGAGUCAAAGAUUGACGAGGACGAAAACCUUCCUAAAAAGCUGGUGUUAGUGGAGUUUCGAUCUCUCACCGUGGGCGCGCCUCCCAAAACCAAACCACAGCAGCCGCAGAACAACGGCUACGCAAAGAACUUCAAAUGUUUCCGCAAGAAUAACGUUCCAGGCCGAGAGAGGUCAUCCCACAUUAUUGGAGGGUCUGAUCUGCUGGUUCACAACAGGGGCAAGAACACUGAUCUGGAUGAAUGGCUGAAAGAUGCAGCUGAGGAGGAGCGUCGAAGCAAACGGGAUGAGACUAUAGGAGAUGACCUCUUUAGGUAUAACCCCACCAAACUGAGCAAGAGAAGAUGAAAUACCUUCAUCUUGACGUCCUACAGUGGGAAUUCAGACUCAGGAAGUAUGUCAACCCAUCAACGCUGUAUGAAAAGGACUCCAGAAAUACUUUGAUAGAUAGCUCUUGAUGUCUGUAUUUCAAUUAUGUUGAUGAAUACUUCAUAAUUGCUAAAAUGCGUAAUGUUUUGUUCUGCUGUUCUUCCUGUUCUGUCUAUAAUUGUCUUCCUACUCUUUACUAAUUAAGCCACUGACAGCUUGCAAUGUAACAAAGCAGUCUCGUGUUCAGAGAUUUUUUUCUCAAAGUUUUUAUUCCUCAAUAAUAAAAAAAAAAGUGGCAUACAAAACAUUAAAAACUCUUCAGUUGUACAAGAGAGGAUUCAAACUCUACAUGCUGAAAGCAGCUAUUCCAUCGUUUUAAAGUUAAGACCAAAUGUGUUCCCUGGUUUUAGCUAAACUAGAAACUUAAAUGGGAUUCAAGUUGGCUUUUUCUUCAGUGAUCUCCGAUGAGCCAACCCUAGAGGCACUUUUGCAGAAACUGUUCGGAUAAGUAGUUGUCAUGCUAAAACAGCUCUGGGCCUUUCUGUGCAGAUGGGUGAACCCCCCCACCUGUCCCUUCAUAUUCAAGGCAUGUGCCACGUAUGAGUUGGGAGUUGACUCAGCAUUCAGCAUGAAUUGUGCAAUAAAAGUCAAAGUCAAAGUUUUUUUCAUGGGUAGAAGAGUGCCAAAAGGAAGGAGGAGACUGGGCACAGAUAUUGGAUUAUUUUGCUUAUUACUUACUGAUAAAAGCUCAUUUUCUGCUACUGCUACUUGAAAACGAUACAAAUCUGUACUCAAAUGUAAGAGUACAUGGAUGGACACAGUAAAUCUGUCUAUGCUUUGUUAAGCAAACAGAUUGUACUUGGAGUUGACAGUGUUGUCCAAUCUGGAUGUAACAGGAUCAUCUUUCCUUUAAGUAAAUAAAAAACAAAUAAAUAAUAAGUGUUAUCUCCA